CUCGCUCUCUAAUGGCGGACGUGAGGCAGUGCUGCCCACUGACUGAAGGGGGCAAAAUGAUCUGCCAAUUAGGACAUAACUCUUGUUUAUUGUAGCUGGUUGAUGGAUGUGUUUUAGACCCUAGUUAAUUUGACUAGCUUGGAUUAUGAAAUAUUUGUGAUUAGUCACAUAUAGGCGUUAUAGUUGAUGUUUCCUAACUGUGCAGCGCCCCCACAGGGCUCCACGUGUAUUAGCGUUUGAUUACCGCUCUGGGGUAACUUCAAUUAAACCAUAAACCGGCAAGUUAACUCCAUUCUCGAAGAAAACCGAAAGGGGGUCACGGGUCUAGUCAUAAACAGAGCUGUGUUCGGUAUCUAGAAGUGUUUAAUGUCUGAUAGCAAGACUCGAAAUUGGUCACAGUGUUAUUCACGUGUUGUUAUUGAAACACCACGUUUUUAUAGUGUCAAGAUCCACAUAUUCGGAUACUUCUGAUUCACAUUCGACUUCCGUGUCGUUUUGUCCCGUCGAUUAUGCGCCAAUAACUACUUCUGAGUAAUAUUUUUUUCACUACAAUAACAAUGGCGCAGUCUCGGAGGCUCUCCUCCCUCGUUUCGCCGCUAAUCCAAUGGCUGCAUGCGCCAGAGAGGCCAGGGGUGGGAGCACAGCCGACACAUGGGCCGGGGGUUUGCGUGAAAAGGGGCAAAUUGUGAGGCUCCUCCCGCCUGGGGGUUUCACGUAGCAAGUUUUCGGACCCGUUGACCCUUGAGUUUCCUGAUUAUAAUGAAAGCCUAUGAAGAACGGCGUGCUGACGUCGUCAUCCGGUUGCCUUGACAGCGCGCGGAUCGCAGUCGGGUGUGUGUGUGGAUACGGAGGGUCCGGAGUCAAGGGCACGGCCCAAGGGGUGAAUGGUGGUUGCCUAAGCAAUGGAUGGAGAUUUGGAAGCCAGAGCAGAUGUUGAGGAGGCAUGUACAGUCACAGGGGAGGAGGAGGGUCAAAUGGAAACCACGCCCGAAAUAGAGCCGUCUCCAUCUGCAGAAGAGUCACAGACAGCACCAGACCUGCCCACAGCCUCGGAAGACAAUGAUGACGAUGUGGUAUUGGUAGAAGAGCCUCCUGCUCACUCUCAGGGGAAAGUACAGCCCCCCAUCUCCACACCUGCAGAAACCCUCGAUGCUGCCAAAGACUGUGCGGAGUCGGCUACCACGGCAACAGCUCCCUCCAAAUCUCCCAGUCCUCCCUCCUCUGCAGCUACCAGUGGCACAACUGCAUCCACCACGGCCAAAAGCCAAAGCGAGCCAAUCGUUAUUGACGACGAGGAGGAUUCAGAGCUCAAGGGCACCGCCUCUUCCUCCGUGCCGCCCCCUGAGGUGGAGGAUGCCCUGAGCAGCACAGAGCCUGACUCUGAAAUCCAAAUUGCCAGUGUUACCACGCUGGGUACGGACUCUUCAGCGGUUGCCAUGGAUACGUCAACAGCAUCGCCACUGGCGCUGUGUGCUCAAGAGGAUAUAAACCUCAUGAUCACGAAUGUGACAUCGCUGAAAGACGGGGAUGGUCCAGCGGCGGCCCCUUUGGAGGAACUGGAGGGGGCUGAGAACGGACUGCAGAUAAGCAGUGCAUUCAGCCUGAACCCAGAGGCCCAGCAGAACCAGGGUACAACCGGCAGACCUUCACCCACGUUCAACCCAGGACGCAUUAGUGCCGCGAGCCAGCCUGUGCAGAAUGGAGAAACGGGGACACACCAGAGAUCUGAUUCAUGGAUCUCCCAAUCGGCGUCUUUUCCACGUAAUCAGAAGCAGCCUGGAGUGGACUCACCAUCCCCUGCAGCUCCUCUACCCAAACCUCCCUGCCAGUCCUCAGGAUCCCAGCAGCCACCGCGCACCAUGAAAGUCACAUGCGCCAACUGUAAGAAACCUUUGAAGAAAGGCCAGACUGCGUACCAGCGCAAAGGCUCAUCCCACCUGUUCUGCUCAACAACCUGCCUGUCUGCCUUUUCCCAUAAGCCCGCUCCCAAAAAGAGCUGCACCAUGUGCAAGAAAGACAUAACCAAUAUGAAAGGAGGCACCAUAGUGGCCCAGGUGGACUCCAGUGAAUCAUUUCAGGAGUUCUGUAGCACAGGCUGCCUGGCAGCUUAUGAAAACAAACAAAAUCCUCAGAAGAACCAGAUUAAAACAAAGUGCACCGUCUGUGGAAAACUCACUGAGAUUCGGCAUGAGGUGAGCAUCAAGAAUGUGACUCACAAGAUUUGCAGUGAUGCGUGCUUUAAUCGCUACCGUAUGGCUAACGGGCUAGUCAUGAACUGCUGCGAACAGUGUGGGAACUACCUGCCUAGUCGUGCCACGGCGAACCACGUUUUACUCAUAGACGGCCAGCAGAAACGCUUUUGCUGUCAAAAUUGCAUCAGGGACUAUAAACAGACUCAUGGAAAGAUAGUGCAGUGUAGUGGGUGUAAGGUGAUGUGCAGGUCAUUUGAUGCCACUCAGUGCAUCGGGGCAAAUGGAGCCAUGGAGUCUUACUGCACCACAGCCUGUAUGACCAAGAGCAAAUUCACAGCUGCUGCACAGAAUUCUGAGCCAUCGUGCCACUUCUGUAAGAGAAAUGCAUUACCUCAGUAUCAGGCAACUUUACCUGAAGGAAAGGUUUUGAGCUUUUGCAGUUCACAGUGUGUCACCAAGUUUCAGAAUGCCACAAUCCAAACAUCAACCAAUGGGCAACUUCCUGCUUCAGCUUCUGAAGACAUCCAGCUGAAGUGUAACUAUUGUCGCAGUUCUUUCAGCCUGAAGCCAGAGGUUCUGGAAUGGGAGGAUAAGGUGUAUCAGUUCUGCAGCAAGACCUGUUGUGAGGACUACAAGAAGCUCCACUGCAUCGUGACGUUCUGCGAGUUCUGUCAGGAAGAGAAGACUCUGCAUGAGACUGUGAAGUUCUCGGGGGUGAAGAGACCCUUCUGUAGUGAAGGCUGUAAGUUACUGUUCAAGCAGGAUUUCAUCAGGCGUCUGGGUCUGAAGUGUGUGACUUGCAACCACUGUACACAGAUGUGCAAGAAAUCUGUCACUAAACAGAUAGACGGAGUCAGCCGGGACUUCUGCAGCGAGACCUGUGCUAAGAAGUUUCACGACUGGUACUACAAGGCGGCGCGCUGUGACUGCUGUAAGGUACAGGGGAACCUGACGGAGUCUGUACAGUGGCGUGCAGAGUUAAAGCAGUUCUGUGACCAGCAGUGUCUCCUGCGCUUCUACUGCCAACAGAACGAGCCCAACAUGGCUACACAGAAAGGCCCAGAAAACACUGCUUUAGGGUUUGGAGGACCAACCCAAACAUCCAAAAUGGGCCCUGUAUCGUACGCUGGCGGAGGGAUCCUGAAGGAUGUGAAGAAUAAAGCUGUGCUC